AUGAAUAAUAAAAAAGAUCAACAUCUAACUGCUUAAGGUACAUAGAUAAAAGGAACAACCAAAUAGCCAGCUCACCAAGUGCAAUAAUAGAAACCUGCUCAAGGUCAUGCCCCUUAAAAUUAGGCAGCCAACAAAUAAUAAUAAUAAUAAAAACAAACAACUUAGCAUCCUACAAAUACUAAGGCUCAACCUAAAUAAUAAUAAGCUUAAGUGGCUUAACCUCACUAAUAAUAACAACAGUAAUAAUAAUAGGUUCAUUAAAUUGCUCCAAAAAAGUUAGAACCAAAGAGAACUAUAAAGCUUUAGGCCAUGUUAGGUGCUAUGGAUUAAGAUAAAGAAGAGGGAAGGAUUAGUUUGUUGCUUGAUAAAACAGGUAUAUAAUAUCAAUAUGUUAUGUUAGGAAAUGCCUACACUUUUUUUAAAUAUAAAGGAACCAUCAUAGAUAUAUCUUAAUUCUUGAUCGCUGAAUAGAAUUAAGGAAAAAAUCAUGAAGAUCAUGUCGAAAAAGCCAGAAAAGCUGUCGUAUAUGGUUUAGAGGUUGGUGAUAAUUUGGUAUUCUCAACUGAUCUUUAAACUAUAAAUUUGAAUGAUUUUUUUAAGUAAAUGUCAAAUAAAAUUUAGGUCUGAUUGGUACAAACCAGAAGCAAUCUUCAAUUACCAAGAAAUCACAAACCCAAAUUAUUUUAGAGCCCAUCUUUUAAAACCUGAAGAGGAUAAGGAUGGAUUUGGAAAUAAGGGAUAAUUUUGGCCUAAAAAAGAGUUGCACAUUGUCUUACUAUAAACCUAAAAAGAGGGUGAAUUAGAUUUUGAAUAAUUUUUGAAUAAUUUGGGAUUAGAUAAGUUGAAAAAUCAAUUUGCUAUAACAAUUAUUGAAGAUUGAUUUAUUAAAUGAUG